AUGGCCUCUGCAAGGAAGGUCCCUGAGAAGCGGCAUCACCCGGUGGAAAGCAUUUGUAGAAAAAUCAGAGCCAUCCAAAGGAGAGAAGCAAUUUCAAAUCCGAUUCGACAGAUAAUCAAAUACCAGUCUAGCAGUUUUGAUAGUCCACAGACCAACAGCAAGAAAAAUUUUGAAGAGGUACUGAGGAAACUGACCACUGCUCACAUUCCUAUGCCGGACUCUCAUUUGUUAAGUUCUCAGAAAGCUGACACCUUCACUUCAUCUCCUCAAAUGAUAUCUUCAGGAACCCCAUCCAUUGCUCACCUCAGCCCCCCUGAGCCUGAGACAUACUCUGUUUUUCUCACAAGUUCUGAAAACAUCUCAAUGCUAAGGUCAGAGCGCAACAAGAAUUAUACAUCUUUGAUGUCACAGAUCAGAAAAGGGGAGUUCUCGAACAAGGAUUCGAAUAACUAUUGCAGUGGAAAUAAUUUUAGUACCAUAACACUUGACUUUGAUUCCAACUUUUGUCGAAGCUCUGAAUGUUUUGAUCCUCAGGAUUCAGUGGUAAAGAAAUUAUCUCUGAAUGGAGAUGGAUGGAAACAAGGAGCUGAUGAUGGCAAAGAUAUAACAGACAGCACUAACAGGGUCCGUGAGGAAGAAGUGCUCGCAAGUAUUUUUUAUGCAUGUGACACAAAACACAAAGGCUCAGUCAGAGUGGCCAAAAUAAUGGAUUACCUGAGACAAACACAUAGCCAGGAUUCUGAAGACAGUGGCCUUGAGGAGCUGUGGAAUGUGCUGGAUCCUGAGAAGAGAGACCCCCAUGUGGAUCUGGAAACUUUCCAGGCCCUCAUGAAAGAAUGGAUGGUUUACUGUAGAAACAAAUGGUUUAUCCUUGCAAAAAGGCAGAGUAGGAAUCGCUUACCCAACUUGGCGAAGCACUGGGAUAAGAUAAGCAACAUAGGAAAGGAGCCCCGGGACACUGUGAAACACACAGUUCAGACCCUCAACGGAGAGCUGUCUGAUUUGAUUACCUAUGUAGCAGAACUACAUUUCAACAAGCAGAAAUUGGAAGAGGAAAAUAAUAAGUUUAAGUUGGCAUUAGAAACUUUGGAGGAAACUAACAGCCAGUUGUCAGAGGACUGUGCUGCGUUACGCCUUCAGAUUAAAAGGGAAGGAAUGAAUAGUAGAUUGAGCAGCAGCAUCGGUGAUUCUGUUUUUGAACAACAGGACAGCAUUCAAUCAAGUGGAGCAAUUAAGAUGACCACAGGUAGGACAGAUUCUACAUCAGGAAGCUUCAAGGCUUUGGGUGGAGACAUGUCUAGAGGAGUCUUUGCCCACCAGGCUAUUAUGAGAACAAAUCUGUUAAAAGAAGAGCUGGAGGAACUGAAACUGAGUGUGAAUGCCUCAGAAGAGCAGAAGGCCGUGACUGUAGCCCAGAACAAACAGUUAGAGACAGAAAACCGGGCUCUAAUUCUUAAGAUUCGGAUUCUACAGGAAGAGAACAUUAAGAACAUCAUGGAUAUAGACAGAUUGGAAAAGACGAUUGAGGAAUUGUCUAAGACCGAGACAGAGCACCAAAAGGAUUUAAGUAUAGAAGAACUUAAGUCAACCAUCAUAGAAUGCAGAAGCGUUAUAGAGAAUUUACGAGGGGAUAAAAAUAAACUGGUUCAGGAAUUACAGCACUUGCAACAGGAACUCAUCAUAAAUGGGAUCCAGUUGAAUGUUAGUGGAGAGCGUAACAGUAUCAUCUCUGGAGAAAAAUCCUUACAUUAUGAACUCAUUCUUGCUCAGUCUGCAGAGGACAAAGAGACUGAAUGGCAGUGCAGUUUAAUCAGCUUGUCAUCUCUGGACAUGAUGAUGGACCAAGAAAUGCUGCUGUUACCAGGAGAAUCUGAACAAAGGGGAGUGGAAUUCACAGCUAUGCUUCAGAAGCUGCAUGAAGAAGUUUCUGAAGUUGAAACCCUCAAUGAGAGAUUCCUACGGUGGGUAAUUAACCCAGAAAUUACUAUGAAAGAAAAGUGGGAGAGACAGCUUACCGAAUUCAAACAUACUGUGGAAGAGAAGCUAAACCUUUGCAUAUUAACGCUGGACAGCUUGGAAAACCACAAAGAAUCUCUUGAUAAAGAGUUUGCCAAAUUAAUGGAGAUUUUGAAGAGAUUGAGCCUGGACUAUUUUUAUUUCAGAAAAGAAUUCCUUUCCAGUCGGAAACAACUAGAAGCCAUUAAACAACUGCAAGAAGAUGCUGUCAACCAGGAAGCCAUCCUCAGGAAGAGGCUCCAGGAAGCCAGCCAACGGCUGGCAGAUGCAGAGGAACAGGUUAAGGAUCGACAUCAGGCAGCCCACUCUGCCAGGGAAAAAGCUGCGUCUCUACUGCAGAAAUUAGAGGAAGCAAUUUCGGAACAAUGGAACCUGCAAACUAUAAAUACUGAGUUAUCGAAAGCUUGCCAGACCCUUGAGCAGAAGACAAGAAAACUGAAAACAACAGUUGAGUCGCUUCGAAAGAAGUUAAUCGAAGGGGGACUCCAUGGCUUGCUGUUUCAGAAGCAGUGUUGCCACAAACUAUACGGUGGUCAAGAAGCCAGAAUACAUCAGACGCCCCUGACCUUGAAACAUACGUGCUGGUAUACACCUCUGCUGGAUGCCUUAUCUCUGGAUAGUCUUACAGCGAUUCCAAGGCUGGAAGUGACACCCUUCUCAUGUGUAGCCAACCGAAUCCAUGCUUCGUGUGGAAAGCCCCAAUAUGAAGAAAUAAAGGAUGGUGCUUUGAAUGUGACAAGACAGCACAAGUGCCCAGGCCCCACAGGUGGCCCCCACCCAGGAACAGAUCUUUCAGGCUGUAUCAGGAUGAAUGAUGAACUAAGAAUGGAAGUUUUUGCUCCACUGAAGAACCCGGGCACAAGUCCAGCUCAUGAGAAUAUUGCAAGCCAGGACUCUAUGAAUAAGGAUAAAACCGUACUAACUAUGGAAGCCAAAGAGGAACCAAAGACAAUAGAAGAACAUAAAAAAGAAUGUGCUUCAGGAGACACUGCUGUUUCUCCUCUUCCUGUAACCACUGUGAAAUCAGUUAACUUUAGACAAAGUGACAACACUUCUGCUAAUGAGAAGGAGGUGGAGGCAGAAUUUCUCAGAUUAUCUUUGGGAUUUAAGUGUGACUGGUUUACGUUGGAGAAAAGAGUGAAACUUGAAGAGAGGUCCCGUGACUUGGCAGAAGACAAUUUGAAGAAAGAAAUCACUAACUGUUUAAAGCUAUUAGAGGAAAGCCGGGUUAGUAAAGCAGUUGAAGUGAUGAUUCAGCAUGUAGAAAACUUGAAGAGAAUGUAUGCCAAAGAGCAUGCUGAAUUAGAAGAACUGAAACAAGUUCUUUUGCAGAAUGAAAGGUCUUUCAAUCCUCUUGAAGAUGAAGCUUUGAUGAGCUUCUUCACAGGCCGAUUUUUCCAAAAGUCCGUGGAUGCUGCUCCCAUACAGGAAGGGGACACCUGGAUAUCUUUAGAACAUAUCCUGUGGCCAUUUACCAGACUCCAACACAAUGGGCCACCACCACCAUCUUCUCUUCGAAGAGUGACCAUUGCCUCUUUACCCAGAAAUAUUGGAAAUGUAGGAAUGGUGGCUGGGAUGGAAAAUAAUGACCAAUUCAGUAGGAGGUCAAGCAGUUGGCGUAUUUUGGGGUCAAAGCAGAGUGAACACCGUCCCUCAUUACAUCGAUUUAUUAGCACCUAUUCCUGGGCAGAUGCUGAAGAAGAAAAAUGUGAACUGAACUCUCAAAAUGGCAAGGUUCGAGAUCUUAAGUUAGAAAAGACCGUCGAAUUUGCCAAUUAUGACACAAUAGCUUCCUGGGCAACACAUCUCAAGACUUCCAUCAGAAAGGCUAAUAAGGCACUCUGGCUUUCUCUUGCACUCAUUGUACUGUUUGCAGCUUUGAUGAGCUUCUUCACAGGCCGAUUUUUCCAAAAGUCCGUGGAUGCUGCUCCCAUACAGGAAGGGGACACCUGGAUAUCUUUAGAACAUAUCCUGUGGCCAUUUACCAGACUCCAACACAAUGGGCCACCACCAGUGUGA